AUGGCUUCUUCGAUGGAUUCAAAUAUGAUCAAAUUACAAUCCAAUGAGGGCGAUAUCUUUGAGGUUAACCCUCAAGUUCUCCAACAAUCAGAAGUACUUAAAAAUUACAAUUCGGGUGUAGAAGAUGAUGUGAUUCCAUUACCAAAUGUUAAUUCUGCAAUUUUGAAAAAAAUUCUUCAAUGGUUAACACAUCACAAGGAUGAUCCACUUCUAACAGAAGACGAUGAGAAUCGGGAAAAGAAUCUUUCGGAUAUAUCACCAUGGGAUCAAGAUUUCCUUAAAGUUGACCAAGGCACGCUCUUCGAGUUGAUCUUGGCGGCCAAUUACUUAGAUAUCAAAGGUCUCCUCGACGUUACCUGUAAAACAGUUGCAAACACGAUCAAAGGCAGCGGACCAGAAGAAAUUCGUCGUCAAUUCAAUAUCAAGAAUGAUUUCACACCACAAGACUUUCUUACUCAGAUGUACUUAAACAUGUCGAAUUGGCUUGUCGUUGGCAUCUUUUGA